AUAUGAAUGGAUGGGGUUGGACUUGAGUUUGGAAUUGCAUUCUGUUGUGUGAGAUGAGGAGGGCCCAUAGGCAUAGAGGCAUAUGGCUUUUGAGAAAAAAAUCAAAGGUGAGAGAGAAAGAGCGAGGUGUGGUCUGAAUGGGAAGGGGUUUCUGUAAUAAAAGCCUUCUUAGUUGGGUGGUUAAAUUUGGGAGUGGUUGAGCUACAGAGCCAAAAGCCUGCUACAGAAUCUGAGGCUUAAACAUGGCAAAGCAGAGGAACCCACCUUCUGCUUAUUAGAUUCACUCUGCGCCUGCGAGAGAGAGAGAGAGAGAGAGACAAGAGAGCAAAGGCAAGAAAUGGAUCUGUGCCUGGGAUAAGCAAGCUAGCUACUCAAUUCUAUGAGGAUGGAUUGGCAAAGAGAGUGGGAUCGUUAGCUUCUUUCUUUGGAGGAGAGAACCAGCUGAUUCACUACUCACUGCUGUUAACAGACAAACCUCCGUUUAAAAUUAAAGCUGGUCGGUAGCCGACCCUCGCUCUCUACAUUCGGGCAGCUUUCUCUUCUUAAUUAGUGUUCAUGGAGAGGGUUAAGACUGGUAGACUCUGCAGGCUUGUGAAGAAAAGGUCUCUUAUUUACUGUAUCGCCAUCUUCUUCUUCUCCGCUAUGACACUUGCCAGCUCUAUCGGCUGGGCAAAUCCGGGCAGUCCUUGUUUAGAUAUCAGCCGUCCGUCCACUCCUAAAGACGGUCUAUACAUUCAGAUGUCAACAUCGGUGCAGGAGGGAAUCGGGAUCGUGUCGGAGAUAUUGAACGGUGAAGCGAUCAUCGUGUCCGGAGACAGGAAGGAGGUGAUUCCGGCGAGCUUGGGUGGGUGGACGAGGCGGCUUUUGAUAGGGCUGGGAUCGUCGCCGCCGAGGUGCGCAGCCAAGUGUGGCAAGUGCACGCCGUGCAGGCCGGUUCAUGUGCCAGUGCCGCCGGGAACGCCGGUGACGGCCGAGUACUACCCGGAGGCAUGGAGGUGCAAGUGCGGUAACAAGCUGUAUAUGCCCUAGUUAGUUAGUUAGUUAGUUAGUUAGUGCUUGCUUUGCUUGCGUAUAUUAAUUAUUAUUAAUACAUAUAUUAUAUUUAUACGGUGGUUUCUUUCAGCCAUAAUUUGUUGCGUUGCUGAUGUUAAAAGCUACUCUCAUUUGAUUAGUACCUGUCGAAAUCCUAUUUUAUUUGGAUGAGAAUAUUGUCCAAUUUUAGGGUAGGGGACUCCAAAUCCAAGUGAAGAAGAGAUAGAUAUAAAGAGCUUGAUUUGAUUUGUGAAGUUAAAAUGUGUAUGCUAAGU